UACUUUCGGUUUGUCUCAGUGGAUCACGGCGUGCGCACGUGAGCCUGUGUUUUCUCUCUUUCUUUCUUUUUCAAUUUUUUGGAUGUUAUUUCCUGGUGAGUUUUAUUAAUUUUUAGUUGAUGUUGCUUGCACGGAACAUCUUCUGACGUCUGUGAAAUAUUAACCAUUUUUAUAGAUCUUGAUGGUUAAUAAAAAGUGCCAAGUCUGGUGCAACACGGGGCUGCGCGUGCGUCCAUAUGAAACCUGGACUUUACAUGAUUAAUUGUUUUGAUUCGUUUGAAGGGUUUAUGGGAAGAGAAAAAAAAUGCACGAAAACAAAAAAAAAAAAGUCAGAAAAGCAAAAACAGUGAAUUGAAAUGAGAAAAUGAGUGUUUUGUUGUUUUGGACUCUGGGGGAUGAAGCAGGGGGGCUGUUCGUGAUCCGGAUUCAGCAGAUGGCAGUAGCACGGAGACUUGCGUUCAUGCUGGAUUCAAUGCUGCUGAAACAAUAAGUCUCACACCAGCACCAGCACCAAACACCAGCAGGAGCAGGAGGAGCAGCAGGAGCGGUGUGGUGAAGGAGAACUAUCUAUUAAAGGAAUAAUAUAUAUAUUAGAUUAUAUAUAUUAUAUGUUAUAUAUAGACACACAUCGUAUGCAUGGAGUCCAGAUGCGGCGGCGCGCGCCAGAGGUUCUCCCCGCGUGUGUGAGUCAACGCGAGCGCAGUCGCGAACGCGCCCCGGCGCGUUGGAGAUAAAGACCCCGGGCACCGGUCCCACGCUCCCCCCACACCCACCACCACCACCUUCCUCUUUUGCGAUCGACAACCACGCCACGGACUGUGGGACUCGUGCCGGGCGUCGGCCCCGCGCUCAUGGCGGAGAAAGCAGGAAGCGGCGGCGGCGGAAGCGCGGAGGAGCCCCCGCAGCGGGAGCGAGAGAUCACCGGCUCGGUGUCGAACGGCGAUUGCGGGCUCGAGCCGGAGAUCGGGGGAUCAACCGGCGCGGACAACGCGAACGUAGACGGCAAACCUGGGAUACCCCGAAAGGCCAGCAUCAUCAAGGAUGGGUCAAGACAACGCAAAGAGAGAAAAAAGACCGUCUCGUUCAGCAGCAUGCCCACAGAAAAGAAGAUCAGUAGUGCUAGCGACUGCAUUAACUCCAUGGUGGACGGUUCCGAGUUGAGGAAAGUUCGGUCCAAUUCCAGAGUUUACUUUCGCUACUUUCUGCUCGAUGCAGACAUGCAGUCUCUCAGGUGGGAGCCAUCAAAAAAAGAAUCAGAUAAAGCAAAAAUUGACGUAAUAUCCAUUAAGGAAGUGCGAACUGGUAAGAAUACGGACACUUUCAGGACCAACGGUGUUUACGAUCAGAUUUCCGAAGACUGCGCAUUCUCGAUUAUUUACGGAGAGAACUACGAGUCUCUGGAUUUAGUCGCAAACACAGCUGAUGUAGCUAACAUUUGGGUGACAGGGCUCAGGUACCUGAUAUCUUACGGGAAACACACCCUGAACAUGAUUGAAAGUAGUCAAAACAACUUGCGCUUUUCUUGGCUCGGGGACUUCUUCAAUGAGGCUGAUGUUAGUGGCAGCAAAAGUAUAAGUUUUUGCAUUGCUGUUCAGCUGAUCAAAAAAUUGAACCCUGGACUGAAAAACGUGAAAAUAGAACUUAAAAUCAAAGAGUUGCAUAAAGCAAAAGACAAAAUCGGGUCUCAUGUUACAAAGGAGGAAUUUAUUGAGAUCUAUCAUGACCUUUGCACAAGGCCAGAAAUAUAUUUCUUGCUCGUUCAGUUUUCUAGCAACAAAGAAUUUCUUGAUACCAAGGACCUGAUGAUUUUUUUAGAGGCAGAACAAGGCAUGGCCCAGGUUAGUGAAGACACAAGCUUAGAGGUUAUUCAGAGGUAUGAGCCAUCAAAACAGGGCAUUAAAGGCUGGCUGUCAUUAGAUGGAUUUACAAACUACCUUAUGUCCAAUGACUGCCACAUUUUCGAUCCGGAACAAAAGACAGUAUGCCAGGACAUGAACCAGCCGCUAUCACAUUAUUACAUUAACUCAUCUCACAAUACUUACCUAAUUGAGGACCAGUUCAAGGGUCCCUCCGACAUCACUGGGUACAUCCGUGCUCUGAAAAUGGGAUGUAGAAGCGUGGAGCUUGAUGUUUGGGAUGGGCCUGACAAUGAGCCAGUGAUUUACACUGGUCAUACUAUGACGUCGCAGAUUGUCUUCCGCAGUGUUAUUGACAUUAUAAACAAGUACGCCUUCGCAGCCUCUGAAUUCCCUCUGAUUCUGUGUUUGGAGAAUCACUGUUCCUUAAAGCAGCAGAAAGUAAUGUUUCAACACCUCAAAAAAAUCCUUGGCGACAAAAUUCACACCGAUCCGCCCAAACCCGAAGACGGCUACCUUCCCUCCCCCAUUGACUUGAAAGGCAAGAUUCUUUUGAAAGGAAAGAAACUAGGGAGUGCCUGCACAAGCUCUGAAGGAGAAGUGACUGAUGAAGACGAAGGGGCCGAAAUGGCCAAACGAAUGAACAUUGAAGGAGGGGAACAACAGACUGUUACUCAAGCUAAAAAGUUCCAGCUUUCCAAAGAACUCUCUGAUCUGGUGACCUUGUGUAAAUCAAUUCAGUUUAAAGACUUUCAGACAGCAUUCCAGAGCCAGAAGCAAUGGGAGCUUUGCUCGUUCAAUGAGGUGUUUGCUAGCAGGUGUGCUAGCGAUUUUCCGGGUGAAUUUGUAAAUUACAAUAAAAAGUUUCUUGCUCGGGUGUACCCUAGUCCAAUGCGAAUCGACUCAAGCAAUAUGAACCCUCAGGACUUUUGGAAGUGUGGUUGCCAAAUAGUUGCAAUGAACUACCAAACACCUGGUCUGAUGAUGGACUUGAACAUUGGCUGGUUCAGGCAAAACGGCAACUGCGGCUACGUGCUUCGUCCAGCCAUAAUGAGGGAGCAUGUGUCUUAUUUCAGCGCAAAUACUAAAGAUUCGGUGCCCGGUGUAUCGCCACAACUUCUUCACAUAAAGAUCAUCAGUGGGCAGAAUUUUCCCAAACCCAAAGGCUCAGGUGCCAAAGGGGAUGUAGUAGAUCCUUACAUAUAUGUCGAGAUCCACGGCAUCCCGGCUGAUUGUGCAGAACAAAGGACUAAAACUGUCCACCAGAAUGGGGACAACCCCCUAUUUGACGAGAGUUUCGAGUUCCAGAUUAACCUUCCCGAGUUAGCAAUGGUACGCUUUGUUGUUUUGGAUGACGACUACAUCGGGGACGAAUUCAUUGGUCAGUACACUAUUCCAGUCGAGUGUCUACAGCCAGGUUUUCGCCAUGUUCCCCUUCAAUCAUUAACGGGCGAGGCGCUUCCUCAUGCCUGGUUGUUCGUCCAUGUGGCCAUAACCAACCGACGUGGUGGAGGCAAGCCCCACAAACGAGGGCUGUCUGUGCGGAAAGGCAAACGGAGUCGAGAGUACGCCACCAUGAGGAUACUGCUUAUCAAGGCGGUGGAUGAGGUCUUUAAGAGUGCCAUUCAGCCACUUCGAGAAGGAACUGACCUCAGAGAGAACAUGCAGAACUCGAUAGCUUCGUUUAAAGAGCUGUGCGGUUUGUCAGCAGUGGCCAAUCUGAAACAGUGCAUCCUGGCCCUGUCUUCUCGUCUCACGGGUGCCGACAACAACCCACUCGUGUUGUUCAACCUGAAAGAGCAGUACCCCAUCUUGGAGGCCCAGGGGCAGCUUCCUGAUGUUCUGAAGAAGAUGAUGGCUGCAUAUGAGAUGAUGAUCCAGACGAGCCGGAUGCUCUUGGAGAACUCAGACGGUGUCUACGAAAGGAUACACCAAGUGCAGAAAGCAGCUAUGGAGUUCCAUGAGAAUCUUAAUACCAUGGCAGUGAAGGAGGGCCUGAAAGGCAGAAAGCUCCACAAGGCAGUGGAGAGCUUCUCCUGGAACAUAACUAUUCUAAAGGGUCAGGGCGACCUGCUGAAGAACGCCCGGGACGAGGUGCUGGAGAACCUGAAGCAGGUGCAUUACGCUGCACUCGCCUGCAACCUAGCCAAAGGGGCAACUUUGUCGGGCUCUGAGUCCAGAUUCCGGCGCAGCCUGGGAGCCAUUCCAGAGAGGGUGUCCAGAGAAGAGGACGCCAGCGAUAAUGAGGAGAACUGAGGGCUUGUCAAAUUUUUCCAAAGCCCUGCUGAGAUUGUGACAUUACAGGAAAGAAUAGAGUGAUUCAGGGAUCAAGAAGAAGCCAGGCUGUUAAAUAAUCGGUAUCUCUUCUACACUUUUUACAGUAUCAUUCCAUACGUUGGGCCAAAGUGCCUCAACAAACUUCACCAAAUCCUGCCCCAAUCCCCAACCCCAAACCUCAAUCCUCAGGACAGGAUAAAAAAAAAAAAAAAGGACUACUUUUCUUUCCAGAGCCUGCUGAUUGCCUUGCUAGUGUGCUGGCACAGUGUCGCGAUUCACUGCGGUGUUGAACUCAGAUGUGCACUUAACGGAGCCUCGCUCCGGGACCUUCUCGAAGCACAACACAUUUAGAGGACCCAAAACUGGAGCCGAGAAUGAUUCGAAACGAGAGAAUUGAGAGUCGAGCUGUUUACAAUGACAAACUAAUUCAUGUUCUGUCUGCCAAAAACAGUAUGUGUAUGUAUAUAAAAUAUAAAUAUAUGGAGAUCUUUUAUGUUUUUUCUUUUUUUUUUUUUGCUACGUGCACCAUUUUAACGGAGGAGAUUUAUUUUGUUAAGAUGAACAGCGUUGUAAAGAGAAUAUUUUAUUUGUGCAAACACGUGCGAAUGUGGAACAGAAAGACGAAGGUGUGCCACUCAUGAGUCGGUUGACGAAACACACAAUACCAUCAAACACAACCGACUAGGAUACAAAAUGUGUUAUAGGUACGUGGUUUACUCCUAGUCACUGUUUCUGGUAAUGCUUUGCCUACACGUUUGCUAGAGGAAAACAUGUUCUCCGUGUGUUCUGCCAAUGCUAAGCCUGCCAAUCCCCGGUGUGCAUCUCCGGCUCAUUUCGUUGGUCGUGCCGAUCUACUGUUGCACCCAGUGAACCACUCCCGUUCCGAUUUCAUCGCCCUACCAGAACGCCAAGAAACGGAAAACAAUUUUGUUCGAUUCGUUUCCGUGCUGUACGAGUCAGUGUCUUUUUAAUUGUAGUGGGAGAAUCGGGUUAGUUUUGAAACAAACAAACAACAAAAAGCUGUUUUGUUUUUAUGCCGUGAACUCCUGAAAGCUCUGAAAUAAACCGUGUUGAAUACA